CUCUUUUUUCCGGCCUGUGAGGCGUUGACGUGGGAGAUCUCAGGCGUUUGAAGAUGGCAAUAUUUUUUUGCGACGAUCUUUUGGCAGAAAAGUCGGGAUGCGGAACCGGAGAAACACUCCCACAUGGGCAAGUUGUGGCAGGCGGUGAGGUUUAUCACCGGCAGAAUCAACAGCGUUCGGUCAUUUUAUUUCCUCGUCGUUCGUCAUUCUGGCCAACAUCAACUCACCAUGAUCCGGCAGAGGUUCUUUUCAACGUUCAGGACACUUCACCAUGAAAAUCCCCUGGGCCUUCCUCGCUCCGGCACCCCGCCUUCAUUCAAGAGCCGUCGCGGAGUGCCAGAGAAGCGCAAGAUUCGUGAUGUGAAAAAGGUCAUUGCAGUUUCUUCUGCCAAGGGUGGUGUGGGGAAAUCUACACUUGCAGUAAACCUUGCUCUAUCAUUUGCCCGUCGUGGAAUUAAGACCGGAAUCCUGGAUACCGAUAUCUUUGGGCCAUCAAUUCCAACUCUUCUCAAUCUCUCCGGCGAGCCCCGACUCGAUGAUAAGAACUGCCUUGUCCCUAUGACCAAUUAUGGUCUCAAAUCUAUGUCCAUGGGCUACCUGCUCCCUCAACCAGUAGCCGACCCUUCCCAACCUUCAUCCAACAUUCCUAUGGACACAACACCAAUCUCAUGGCGUGGUCUGAUGGUCACUAAGGCCAUGCAUCAACUCCUCCACUCGGUUUCAUGGGGGCCUCUCGACGUCCUCUUCCUUGACCUUCCCCCAGGCACCGGCGACGUGCAGCUCACUAUUAACCAAGAGGUUGUUGUGGACGGUGCUGUGAUCGUAACCACACCACAGGACAUUGCUCUCCGAGACGCAGUUCGCGGCUUCGGCAUGUUUCAACGCAUGGACGUACCGGUACUAGGCAUGGUACGGAACAUGGCCUUCUUCGCCUGUCCACAGUGCGGUCACCAAACGCGGAUCUUCUCGCACGGUGAACAUCACCAGCAUACAUCAGAGGACUGGGGAGUCGUUGCCGAGUGUAAACGACUAGGCGUUGAAUUCCUCGGGGAUAUCCCCCUCGACGCUAGAGUCUGCGAAGAUGCAGACCGAGGCAUGCCGACUGUUGUGUCGGAGGAAAGCGACGACCGCAGCGCUAGACGCGAUGCUUUCCUCGGCGUCGCAGAAAAGGUCGCUCGGAAGGUGGGCAUAGAAUGGCGCUAAGAUAUCGAUUCACUUUCUUUCUACUUGAUCAAUGUCCGAUCGAUGUACCAUAUAUAUACCCAUCUCAAUGCCAAAUGUAUACUAUCUGUCUGGGAGCAAACAGUGAAUCAAUUGAAUUCUCCACUUGUUAAAAACAGAAAAAGACGACAAUCGACAUCCUCUCGGCAACAUUCUCCACCAGACAAAAAAACAAAAACACAAAAAAA